AAUUCCAAGCUCUCAAGAUUUUCCUCCAUGAAAGAGAUAAAACAGCACCUCAGGGCAAACAUAGAGUAGUAAAAAUAAGUAAGAGAAGAAGCAGAACAGGGACAGUUCUGGGACAAUCAGAGAAGAUCUGAAGAAAAAUCCCAAGAUAAAUUUUGGUCCCUGUGAAGUGUAAAUACCUCCAAGCUAGGGGCUGCUUAAACAGUAGGUCAGAAAGCCUUGGGAUUAGCUGGUUUGGGAGGCUGCCUGAGCUCCAGCUACAGGAACUUUUAUCCCUGGAACAGUGAGGGGAGCUGGGCGUCUGAGCUGGGGAAGAUUGAAGGAACCUCUGUUGACAAGGAACUCCAGACUCAACUGUACUAUGGAGACUCUUCCAGGGUGAGAAGGAACCAGCACACCCCUGGGCCUGAAUUAUAGUAGCAGCCAAGUGGGUAUAGAGAAGAAUGGAUGGGAAAGAUACUACAGAGGUGCUGCUGGGAACAUGACUGCUGCUAUCAAAAGUUAGAAGGAAAACAUGAAUCCAAAAUCCAAAAUUAUAGCUUCACCUACAAAGCAGGUGUUGUCACCUGUAACGAUUUGAACUUCUGUAAGGCUGAAAAUUGUAUUUGUAACAAGCUACUUGCUGAAUGUUUGAAGAAACACGUGAGCAGCUUCAGCUCUGAAUACAGAGGCUUUCCCCACUCCCGCUGAAGUGAGAAAAGAGUUCCGUGCCUAGCCUGAGCCUGUCAGGUCCCUUUCUUGUCCUUAUCACUUAUUUCUCCCCAGGCUUUCCAAACUCUGGGCUCCCAGAAUCCUCCAAGAUGGUCCCACAUCUCAGCUGUUAACAAACAAACAAAAAAAGAGGCUCCUGAGAUUUGGGGUGGGGGGUGGUAGUGAUCAUGAGACUUCGGGCUGGAAGAGGCUUUGGAAAGUAUUGAGGCCAGAGGUGUCCAACGUGGGGCCCAGGGGCUGAACCAGAUUAAAAUGUAAUUGGGAAAUAGAUCAACAA